CCGCGGACCGCGGCACCGGCUCGGGGAGGCCGUCGCGGACCCGGAGCCCCGGCGCCGGGCGGGCCGGGCGCGCGCGGCGGGGCGGCGCGGCCGUGGCGAAAGUGCGGCUGCGGAAGCGCGGCCAGCGGCGCGGAGGGAGCGAGCGGCGCCAUGGGCCGCCUGCACUGCACGCAGGACGCGGUGCCCGAGGCCGUGGGCGGCGACAUGCAGCAGCUGAACCAGCUGGGCGCGCAGUUCUCAGCCCUGACCGAGGUGCUGUUCCACUUCCUGACCGAGCCCAAAGAGGUGGAACGGUUUCUGGCUCAGCUGUCUGCAUUUGCCACCACCAAUCAGAUCGGUCUGGGCCCCCUCAGAAGCAUCGUGAAAAGCCUCCUCCUGGUUCCCAACGGUGCCCUGAAGAAGGGUCUCACGGCCGAGCAGGUCCGGGCGGAUUUCGUGACCCUGGGCCUCAGCGAGGAGAAGGCCACUUACUUUUCUGAAAAGUGGAAACAGAACGCCCCCAGCCUUGCUCAAUGGGCCGUGGGGCAGACCCUGACCAUCAACCAGCUUGUGGACAUGGAGUGGAAGUUUGGAGUGACAUCUGGGAGCAGCGAAUUAGAAAAAGUGGGCAGUAUUUUUUUACAAUUAAAGUUGGUGAUUAAGAAAGGAAAUCAAACCGAAAAUGUGUACCUAGAGCUAACCCUGCCUCAGUUCUACAGCUUCCUGCACGAGAUGGAGCGAGCCAGGAGCAGCAUGGAGUGUCUGAGCUGACUUCCGCCCUCCCGCAGCUCCCGCCCCUUCCCUUCCUGGUGACUGCUCGAGAGGCACCUGCCUCAGGCCUGCGUGCUCUGCACGGGCCCUGCUGGCUCUUGAGAGUCCAGGUGCACAAAGGUUUCUGAAAAACAACAGGAUUAAGCACUCAACAGCGCCCCUGCAGCUCCCCGGGAGCUCCUUGUUAGGACCGCGCCACCGCCUCUCUCCCAGCCGAGUUUUAGACACUGCGUCUCAGGCUGGAGAGGCGGGGAGGAGCUCCUCUCCUCAUCCCGGUUCCACAGUGAGGGAACGGCGCCAUCACUUAAGAUAAACGCUCCCCCAGCCCACCAGCAACUCCGGAGGCUGAGGCAAGAGGAUCACAGUUCAAAGCCAGUCUCAGCAACUUAGUGAGGCCCUAUCUCAAAAAAUAAAAGGGGCUGGGGUGUAGUUCAGUGGUAGAGCACCCCUGGGUUUAAUCCCCCAUGGCGAGUGGAGGGCUGGUUGCACGGCCACAGGUGUGCAGGGCCCCCGGCAGCGUCUCCGUGCUGUGUGUGCUGUGUGAGGUGCCCUACUUGUCUGAAAAGAACUGUCCCCGGUCUUGGUCUUGUUCUGUUGCCAUGUAGCAAGGCAGGCCUUUACAAGCUGUCUUUGUUUAUUUGGGGUCUAACUGACCACCUGUGUUGGUUAGAUGAUAAAUAAAAAAGGCUCUGAAGAAAA